AUGGGCGAAACAAGGGACGAUGUGUACGAGGAGGAGCUUGUCGAUUAUGAAGAAGAGGAGGAGAAGGCCCCCGACUCCGCAGCUAAAGUCAAUGGCGAAGCCCCUAAGAAGGGAUAUGUUGGAAUUCACAGUUCAGGGUUCAGAGAUUUCCUUUUGAAGCCAGAGCUUCUUCGAGCUAUUGUGGACUCCGGGUUUGAGCAUCCGUCUGAAGUGCAACAUGAAUGUAUUCCUCAAGCUAUCCUGGGAAUGGAUGUCAUUUGUCAAGCUAAAUCUGGGAUGGGGAAAACUGCUGUUUUUGUUCUAUCAACUUUGCAGCAGAUUGACCCUGUAGCAGGCCAAGUUUCUGCACUCGUUCUUUGCCAUACUAGAGAAUUAGCUUACCAGAUCUGUCAUGAAUUUGAGAGGUUCAGUACGUACUUGCCUGAUCUCAAGGUUGCUGUCUUCUAUGGUGGUGUCAAUAUCAAACUUCACAAAGAUUUGCUGAAAAAUGAAUGCCCUCACAUUGUUGUUGGAACGCCUGGAAGAAUAUUGGCAUUGGCAAGGGAUAAAGACCUCUCCUUGAAGAAUGUGAGGCAUUUCAUCCUUGAUGAAUGUGACAAAAUGCUUGAAUCACUAGACAUGAGGAGAGACGUGCAAGAGAUUUUCAAGAUGACUCCGCAUGAUAAGCAAGUGAUGAUGUUUUCUGCAACACUCAGCAAAGAAAUCCGCCCGGUUUGCAAGAAAUUUAUGCAAGAUCCUAUGGAAAUAUAUGUUGACGAUGAAGCCAAGUUGACCCUGCAUGGUCUAGUACAGCACUACAUCAAGUUAACCGAGGCAGAGAAAAACCGCAAGCUGAACGACCUCCUUGAUGCACUGGACUUCAACCAAGUUGUUAUAUUCGUCAAGAGCGUGAGCAGAGCCGCUGAAUUGAACAAGUUACUUUCAGAGUGCAAUUUUCCCUCUAUAUGCAUCCAUUCUGGAAUGAACCAAGAAGAAAGGUUGAAGCGCUACAAAGGAUUCAAGGAGGGUCAUAACAGGAUUCUUGUGGCCACAGAUUUGGUUGGAAGAGGAAUCGACAUUGAGCGUGUUAACAUCGUUAUCAACUAUGACAUGCCAGAUUCUGCUGACACUUAUUUACACAGGGUUGGCAGAGCUGGUAGGUUUGGCACCAAAGGUCUGGCAAUUACAUUUGUUUCAUCUGCAGCGGACUCUGAUGUUCUUAAUGAUGUUCAGGAAAGGUUUGAGGUUGAUAUAAAGGAGCUUCCUGAACAGAUUGAUACUGCCACAUACAGUAUGUUUUCUUGCUGGGUUCAAAGUUUAUUUUGUGUCAUUCUGAUACACGGUCGACUUUGA